AUCAGACCCACAGCAGCUCCAUUUGUCCUGACACUCGGCCCCGGGAGGUGACCGCAGGUGUCCAGCCAGGACCGAGCAGCAGAGGGAGCCAGGGCGUGCAGGUCUCCCGGCCUUCCGCCGCCCCAGGAGGAUGGAGACCCUCAACGUGUCGGUCCCCCUCAACUUCUCCCUGCCGCCCAACUUCGGCAAGCGCCCCACCGACCUGGCGCUGAGCAUCAUCCUGGUGUUCAUGCUGCUCAUCAUGAUGCUGUCGCUGGGCUGCACCAUGGAGUUCAGCAAGAUCAAGGCUCACUUCUGGAAGCCCAAGGGGCUGGCCAUCGCCCUGGUGGCGCAGUAUGGCAUCAUGCCCCUCACCGCCUUUGCCCUGGGCAAGCUGUUCCGGUUGAACAAUAUUGAGGCGAUAGCCAUCCUGAUCUGCGGCUGUUCCCCGGGGGGAAACCUGUCCAACGUCUUCAGUCUGGCCAUGAAAGGGGACAUGAACCUCAGCAUCGUGAUGACCACCUGCUCCACCUUCAUUGCCCUGGGCAUGAUGCCCCUCCUCCUGUACGUGUACUCCAGGGGGAUCUACGACGGAGACCUGAAGGACAAGGUGCCCUAUGGAGGCAUUGUGCUAUCACUGAUCAUGAUUCUCAUUCCUUGCACCAUAGGCAUCUUCCUCAACGCCAAAAGGCCACAAUACGUACGCUAUGUCACCAAGGGAGGAAUGAUCAUCAUGCUUUUGCUCAGUGUGGCCAUCACAGUGCUCUCUGUCAUCAACGUGGGCAAGAGCAUCAUGUUUGUCAUGACACCCCACCUGUGGGCCACCUCCUCGCUGAUGCCCUUCAUCGGCUUCCUGCUGGGCUACAUUCUCUCUGCUAUCUUCCGCCUCAAUGGACAAUGCAGGCGCACUGUCAGCAUGGAGACUGGAUGCCAAAAUGUUCAACUCUGCUCCACCAUCCUCAAUGUGACCUUCGCCCCUGAAGUCAUCGGACCACUUUUCUUCUUUCCUCUCCUCUACAUGAUUUGCCAGCUUGGAGAAGGGCUUCUCCUCAUUGCCAUCUUUCGGUGCUAUGAGAAAAUCAAGCCUUCCAGGAAUAAGAUAAAAAUAACCUACACAGCUGCCCCAACUGAAGAAACCCUUCCAGCGGCUCUGGGAAAUGGCACCCAUAAAGAGGAGCUCCCCCAGUGACCUGGUUUCAGGUCAGAAGAUAAUUCAGAAGGAAAUAUGGCAAACUACAAAGAAAGCAGAAAGAUGAAAGGAACACACCAGCAGUGACUGAGUCUUUCUCCAACAUUUCCAGCAGAAACUAUCAGCAUCGAGUCUUGCCUGGAUGACAGAUGGGGGGUGGGGGUGGGGGUGUUGGGAGGUGUCUAAUUCUAAAAGCCUCACCUAUCUCCAGCCUAGAAUUUGAUAUUUGUU